AUGCUGCUUCUAGUCUCAGCUUUUUAUCUUACACUACUGCAGUGCUCUAAUGCCCAAAACAAAGCAAGCUUUACACCUGCAGACUGUAAUGCCAUUGAAAGAGAUGCAGGAGUGGCCCUGGAUUUGGUCAACAGACAUCGCAGAGAUGGCUAUGUUUUGGGCUUAUUCCGUGUUGCUGAUGCACACGAACUACAUAUAGGAAAUUCAUCAAUUCUCUACUUAACUUUGGAUGUGCUGGAAACUGAAUGCCUUGUAUUGUCCAGAAGACACUGGGAGUCUUGUGAACACAGUGACCUCUAUUCCAUGGACUUUGGGCAGUGUAAGAUUAUCACACAUACAAGCCAGCUGCUGAAGAAACCUCAGCUAUAUGGAUUUAAUUGUACAUUAAGUCCAGUUCCUCCUGAUUUAUUAGAGUGCAAAGAUUGUCCUGUGAAAAUUGAAAUCUUAGAAGUCACUGAGCAACAUACAAAUAUUGCUGAAAAGGCCCUGAAGAAAUUCAACAGUGAGGGUAACCACACAAACUACUUCAAUGUGGACAAAGUUGAAAAGAUUUUAAAGAUGACUGCCUCCCGUAAAGGUCACGUUUUAGAAUUCUCUAUAAGAGAGACCAACUGUUCCAAAUCCACACAAGAAGCAGAUCAGGCAUUGGAAUGUGAUUUUCUGCACGACUGGCACGCUCGCGUGGGAUUCUGCAAGGCAAGAAUUAUCAGUGAGCCAGAUGAACCUGAUGGAACCGAUAUAAGCUGUGAGAUCUACCAGCCCUGGCAGCAUGACUACGGGCAAAGAUGCAGAUAUUCAAACCUGGGAUGGCCACAUAGACAUCCCCAUCAUCACUGUGGGCACAAACAUCAUCACAAGCAUCAUCACAAGCAUGGAUGUCCACGUUCUUCUCAAUCCAGACCUGAAGAUGCUGAACAGAACCAUAGUUCCAACGAAGAACGUCAAUACAACUAUGAAGGACCUGCUCUUCCUCCUCCUCACCAUGGUGGACCACAUCACCACCUUCGCUGUCCACAUCACUGUCCUCCACAUCCUCCCCACUGUGGACCACAUCACCACCCUCCUCCUUCUCCCCAUGAUGGGCUACAUCCUCCUCCCCAAGAGCAAUCAGAACAUCCCCCUUCUGCUCCUCCUCCCCAUGAUGAACCAUAUCAUCCUCCUCCUUCCCAAGAGGAAUUACAUCAUCUCCCUUCUCCUCCUCCUCUCCAUGAUGAACCACAUCAUCCUCCUUUUGAUCACCAUCAUGGAUCACACUGUCCUCCUCCCUCUCCUCAUAGACCACAUCACCACAAUCCCCCUUCCCCACAUGGAUCACACUGUCCUCCUCCCCCUCCUCAUGGGCCACAUCACCAUCAUCCUCCUUCCCACUGUGGACCACAUCACCCUCCUACUUCAGGACACUCUCCUCAUUGUCAUCUCCCUCAUCACCAUUACAGACAUCACUGCAACAAGAAAAGCAUAUCAGGAAAGUGCUCUCCCUUCCAAAUACCAGGAGCUAUGUAUCGCAUUCCAGUCCUAAAUCAGCAGGAUUCUCUCACACCUCCCACUGCAAACUUUCCUGAGCUAUUUCGAAGCACUCCCCACUCCUCCAGCACUAAUGAAGGUACUCCCUUCACCAGCCCAAGUCUAAAGGAGAUGCUAGAAGCUCUGGAGUUUCCAGAUCACCCUUCACAAACAAAGUCAUGCCCAGGAACCCCCAAACUUGUUCUUCCAAAUAUUUUGCCUUUAUUUCCACAUAGCUCCAUGGCAGAAAAUUCUCCUGCAUGA